UUAUUGGCAUCAUGUUAUGCCUGCCACCCCUGGUUUCCAUUGCUCAGCUCUAUGACCACAGUGUUGACUACCAACCUCCUGUUGUUCAUUGACAGACACUAUGUUAGGUGCUGACUGGAAGAAUUGAGUGAUGUAUGAGGCACGUCCUGAUCUGGGGUUGAGAUUUUCUGAAGACAGUAAAGACUAGGGGAGCAGGCCCAGCACGGUAGGCCUGGGGAGCUAGAUAGUAUUAGGCUGGGCAUGGGGAGCAUACUGAGGGACUGGGCAGUAUUGCAUGGGUCUGCUGGAAAUUCUCCUCUUUGGUUUCAGUGCACCCUAACAAUAGACCUAGGGAAUAGAUUGUGUUCUUUUUUUUUUCUUGAUACAGGAGAAAUAUAACUCCUUAUCUGUUAGAUAUCAAAUGAGUUCCUGGCUCUGCAACAUUGAUGAAUGAGUUCAGAUCCAAAGGAUGAAGUUAGAAUUUUAUUGGAAAUAAGAAUAGCUCCUGGAUUUCCAAGGUGUGGUCCUGAAUGGGGUGACCACUGAGGCCCUGUCAGGAGUAAUUUUUUUUUUUACCAGUACCGGGGAUCGAACUCACGACCGCCUGUUUGCAAGGCAGGUGCUUAUGCCACUGAGCUAAAUCCCCAGCCCCCUUUCAGGAGUAAUUUAUACAGCAGAGUCACAAUGUGGGUACAACAUGGGUCCAGCUACAAUCCAUCUGUGGAUUACAAGUGUAGUCAUUUGGCUAAUGUUGAUUCAAUAGGGAGGCACAGCACAUAGCAAGUGUAUAUGCCUAUCAUCAUUAACCUUAAUUUAUCCAUAACUUCUAACAUAAAGUUUUUUUUUUUUUUUUUUCUUGAAAGGUAAUGGGAGGAUGGGUUGAGAUGUUUUGGUCACCCACCUACAUGUCCGAUGCCUAUCAUGUAAUGUAUCAUAUAGUGUAUUGCAAAUUACAUUAUAAUCUGAAAUUUCUGUUUAGCUCUUAGGGAGGUAUACAGACCUGCCAUUGUGUCUUUGUCUUGAGGCCUGCCUUUUUUUGUUUGUUUGUUUGUUUUGGUACUGAGGAUCAAACUCAUGACCUUGUGCUUGUCAGGCAGGCAUUUACACCACUGAGAUAAAAUUUACACCACUGAGGCCUGCCUUCUUCGAUGCCACCCCCAACCCCCAGCCACAGUGGUGAUGUGUACUCAUCUUUACUGCUCCCUCAGUGGCCAUCCCUGUCUGACUGCCUAUUAAUUUCUAAUUUAGCUUCCUAUAAUAUUUUCACAGCAGAAGACAGACCGCUUAUUCUUAACUGACCAGUGCCACAGCUACCAUGAGAGUUUGAAUGUUUCUCUUUGAGUCUAAGGAUGGAGAGAAAGGGUACAGUUGGAGGGUGGUAUGCCAAAGUAAGGUGAGGGAUCCCCCUAUAGAGGCCUGCACCUGACCCCUCAGUGGGGCGGUUGGAGGGCUUGUGUAGGGAGCCACUGGCCUCUGCAAUGCAGGGUGAUCUUGUGUCUUUCCCCAUCUUGGCCUAGGCUCUGGGUUUUGGUUCCUCAUGCUGGAAAGAAAGGCCUCUGGCACAUUCAUCUCCGAAACUGCUAGGUGCAUACUUAGGCCAUCAAUCAAGCCCAACUCUUCUGGUUUCCUUCUCAUUCUUCAGGUUCAGUUCAAAUUGCCCUUCGGGGGCCUGUUGUGACCUCACCUCACCCACCUCCCAGUCCCUCUUCAUGAAAGUUAAUGGCAUCUGCCUGAGCUGUACAGAGCGCUUUCUACUUGUGUCACCAGCUUGGUCACCAGGGAUGGAAUAUCUCCCGAUAUGCGGGAGAAACUCAACAGGGUUUUGUUGUAAUUUAUGGUAGACGGCAAAGGUCUUUAUUGUUAACAUUUGGAGUUUCUUCAGACCAUGUUCCUUUGGGAGGCCUUUCUGUUCCUAAAGACAUAGCCCCAGCCUGUUACCCGGGAGGAGUACGAGAAGGUUCUGAAUGCCACAUGACAGUAGUGUUUUACUACUGAGUUAUAUCCCCACUUCCAGCACUUUUAAGCAUUAAGAUUUAACGAACGUUGACAAAUCUCUGAAAUUUUUUUUUUUUUUAAAUCCUGUAAAAAAAAAAACCUCAGAAUUUCCAAGAAGCAACUGACCUCAUAGGUCCGAGUUGGCGCUAGUCCCGCCCUGCCCACACAGGCACCGCCUACCCGAGGCUCCGCUCCACUCUGGUUCCCCCGCCUCCCGCAGAGGUAGAGCUCCGCGCCUGCGCAGGUGUGACGCAAUUGCUGAGCACCGGAACUGCCUGGAUGGAUUUCAGGCCUGGGAGGAUCUGCGUCGCGCGGCGCUUCCAGGACGCAGUACCAUGCGGUUGUUUCCGCGUGCAUUGAGCGCUUCCGUGGCCGGCUGGCGUCAGUCCUUUCCCCUACAUGGCCACAACGUGGCGCGGUGGUUCCCGGGCCACAUGGCUAAGGGGCUGAAAAAGAUGAAGAGCAGUCUGAAGCUGGUGGAUUGUAUUAUCGAGGUCCAUGACUGCCGGAUCCCACUUUCAGGUCGAAAUCCUCUGUUUCAGGAGACCCUUGGAGUGAGGCCUCACUUACUUGUCCUAAACAAGAUGGACUUGGCAGAUCUCACAGAGCAGCAAAAAAUUAUCCAGCACCUCGAAGGAGAAGGUCUAAAAAAUACAAUUUUUACCAACUGUGUAAAGGAUGAAAACAUCAAGCAGAUCAUCCCGAAGAUCACUGAAAUAGUUGGAAGCAGCUAUCGCUAUCACCGAGCAGAGAACGUGGAGUACUGUAUCAUGGUGAUUGGCAUCCCCAAUGUGGGCAAGUCCUCCCUCAUCAACUCCCUAAGGAGACAGCACCUUAAGAUAGGAAAAGCUGCCAGAGUGGGUGGUGAACCUGGGAUCACCAGAGCUGUGACAUCCAGAAUUCAGGUGUCUGAGCGGCCACUGAUGUUUCUAUUGGACACCCCUGGGGUGCUGGCUCCUCGGAUUGGAAGUGUAGAGACAGGCUUGAAGCUGGCCUUGUGUGGAACAGUGUUGGAUCACCUGGUUGGGGAGGAGACCAUGGCCGACUACCUCCUCUACACCCUUAACCAGCACCAGAUGUUCAAGUAUGUGCAGCACUAUGGCCUGCAUGAUGCUAGUGAUGACAUAGAAUUUGUGCUGAAGAGCAUAGCUGUGAGGCUGGGGAAGACGCAGAAGGUGAAGGUGCUCACUGGCACAGGUGAUGUGAAUGUUGUCCAGCCCAACUAUUCUGCGGCAGCCCGUGACUUCCUCCGGACAUUUCGCAGUGGGCUGCUGGGCCCAGUGAUGUUAGACCGUGACAUCCUGCAAGGCUGCCUCUCUGCCAACAUGGACCUCUGAACUUGCUGGGAGAGGUGUCUCCCCCUUACCCCCAAUUAUGUUUGAAGCUUGAGACUGCCUACCCUUUCCCAGAAGUUCCCUGCUGGUCAUCAUGACUAGAGAGCACAUCAUGCUUUCCUGCCCACCAGGCCAGCCUUAUAGGGAGUGGGCUUUGGGGUCCCAAGCGAUCUUGGUGCCCGGCUGUGUGGGAAGGCUUCUGCUCAGUCUUUCAGUGCUGUCUCAGAGGAGUUAAGGCUAUAAUCUUAGGUUUUAAAAAUUCAAAUAGCCAGGUGUGGUGUUGCAUACCUGUAAUCCCGGCACUUGGGAGGCCGAGGCAGGAGGAUUGCCAGGAAUUCCAGGUGUACCUGGGCUCCAUAGUGAGGCUGAUCUACAUAGCAAGACCCUGGCUCAGACAAAAUGACAACAAAAAAUUAAAAGUCCUAGUUCUUGUUGGUCCUUUCA